UAUAAAGAUAUUUACAGUGAGGGGAUGAUGAGAAGAGAAGACUGAAAGUAGCAGCAUGAUAAUCCGACAAGGUGACCACUCAAAUCUCGAACAAAACAUUAAAUGCCAAAAUCCGGCGCAUGGGAAUUUAUCUUUCUUCAUUUCAAGUUUAAAGAAUUCAACCUGCCCCACCAAGAACUCCUGAAGAGGCGCGUGGAGCUUUCAAAAUCAUUCAUGGCAGAUCCUGAAAAAAUCAGAAGUAAAAUAUAAAAAUAAAAAAAGGGUUUAUUGCUUCAGCAAAAUGAGACAUUUGUCUCAAGUUUGAGCCAUUUGUGACUGACAAAUCAAAGGGAAAAAAAAAAGAGGAGGAGGAAGAAGAAGAAAUAGACUUGGUGUAGUCACAAAGACUCCACCUGUCAACCCUACUUACUUACUAUCUCAGGAAAUUUCCUCACUUUUGUUUUCUCUUUCGUUUUUUCAUUUUCCAUUUUCCUCUCUCUCAUCUUCUUUCUGGGUUCUUGUGUUCCUGGUGAAAGGGGAAUGAUAUGGGUAUAGUCUUUGAGUGACUGGAAAAGGGAAGAUUGAGAGAAGAAGAAGACGGAUUUUCUUUUUGUUUCUUUUUUUAAUGUGGGUAUACAUUAAGAAGGAUGGGUUCUGGUUCUAGAGGAGGAAAUCACGGUAGUUAUGAUUAUUCUUUCAAGAUACUGUUGAUUGGUGAUUCUGGUGUUGGCAAGAGUAGUCUUCUUCUCAGCUUUAUCUCCAACUCUGUUCAUGACCUCUCACCAACCAUUGGCGUGGAUUUUAAAAUAAAGCAGCUCAAUGUUGGUGGGAACAGAUUGAAGCUUACAAUCUGGGAUACAGCCGGGCAGGAGAGAUUUGGAACUCUGAUAAAUUCUUAUUACAGAGGUGCCCAUGGAAUUAUGCUAGUUUAUGAUGUGACGCGGAGAGAAACCUUUACAAACUUGUCCGAAAUAUGGGCAAAGGAAGUGAAACUCUACUCAACUAACAGUGACUGCAUCAAAAUUUUAGUUGGAAACAAAGUUGACAGGGAGAGUGAAAGGGCUGUUACCAGAGAAGAGGGAAUGGCUCUUGCGAAGGAGCACAAAUGUUCGUUUCUUGAAUGCAGUGCUAAAACUAGAGAAAACGUGCAACAAUGCUUUGCGGAACUCAUAUUAAAGAUAUUGGAGGUACCGAGUCUUUUGGAAAAAGGAUCAUCUGUAGUGAAGAGGCAAAAUUUGACCCAAAAACAAGGAUACGGGGAACAUCGUGGCAGUUGUUGUGGUUAAAGAUGGCGUGAUAGUGUCAGUGAGGUACAAUGCUUAUUACUUACAAACCAAAAUAGGAGUUCUACAAUCGCGGACAGCAACAUCAAAUGGAUGAGAAUCUUUCUGUACAUGCUUCUCAAUCUAGUGUUGUAGAUAACAAUACGGUGUUAGCAAGGCUCUAUUAGAGCCAUUGGUUUUCAUGCUCAUAGUUUUGGAAGUCUUGGUGGCUACUUAACGGCACCCCGUUCAGCCUUGUACAUUUAUCUCUUGUCUCUUGUUUUUUAAUUCGUUGAGUCUACUCCCUUCCCCUGAAGGCGCUAGAAAUGUGGAAAGGAACUUGUACAGCUUUUCAGGCAUGUAGGAAGAAUUCAUGGAUUUUGGGUAGAUCAUAGAAUGAUGAAUCUUGGUUCAUAUAUAUAGUUAUAAACAAAAAUGUAUCUGCUUUCUUGACAGAAAACAGGGAUAUAUAUGUUCUUAAUUAGAACCCAGUAUGUGGAGCACAGGUUUAUAUGAGUACAUGCCUGUUCAAUUAUCUAUAUAGCUUAUAUGAUUUGUGUA